UGGGAGAAGCAUUAUUUCUACGGCAGUGCCCGGGCAGCGAAACUUUCCAGCGGGGUGGACUCGUGGGAGGGAAGAGUAGGCUUAGAGGAGGGAGGUUGGCGGUGGGAGGGUUCUCCCGGCCCCGCCCGGUGCCUCGGCGUGUCGGUCUGACAUGAGCCCGUCGCCGGCGGAAUGGCCUCUGCGGGCAGCCGAGCCGCGGCGAGGAGCGAGGGCGCCGAGCUGGACCGGUCGCUGCAGCAGAUGCUGCGGGCGAUAGCGGAGGAGAGGAGCCGCGCCGGGCUCCGGCAGGAGAUCAGCGGCCUCGGGUGUUUCAAAGAUGACCGUAUUGUGUUCUGGACUUGGAUGUUUUCAACAUAUUUUAUGGAGAAAUGGGCCCCCCGGCAAGACGAUAUGCUCUUCUAUGUCCGUCGAAAACUGUCCUAUGUCAGUGGUGACAGUACAGAGGGGAAAAAGCAGAUUGAAGUUGAAGUUUACCGGAGAGAUUCUAAGAAGCUUCCUGGCCUGGGAGACCCUGACAUUGACUGGGAAGAGAGUGUCUACUUGAACCUCAUCCUACAGAAGCUGGAUUAUGUGGUGACAUGUGCUGUGUGUACACGCUCCGAUGGAGGAGAUAUUCACAUUCACAAAAAAAAAUCUCAGCAAGUGUUUGCAUCUCCCAGCAAACACCCGAUGGACAGCAAAGGAGAAGAGUCAAAGAUCAGCUACCCCAAUAUAUUCUUCAUGAUCGACAGUUUUGAAGAGGUUUUCAGUGACAUGACUGUGGGAGAAGGAGAAAUGGUCUGUGUGGAGCUGGUGGCCAGCGACAAAAGCAACACUUUCCAAGGGGUGAUUUUUCAGGGGUCUAUCCGCUAUGAAGCUCUCAAGAAGGUCUAUGAUAACAGGGUGAGUGUUGCAGCUAAGAUGGCUCAAAGAAUGUCUUUUGGCUUUUAUAAAUAUAACAACAUGGAGUUUGUACGAAUGAAAGGGCCGCAAGGAAAAGGACAUGCAGAGAUGGCAGUGAGCAGAGUUUCUACUGGUGACACUUCACCAUAUGGGACAGAAGAAGAUUCAAAUCCGGACUCCCCAGUGCAUGAGAGAGUCACUUCUUUCAGCACACCACCAACCCCAGAACGCAACAAUCGUCCGUCCUUUUUCUCCCCAUCCCUCAAGAGAAAAGUGCCCCGAAAUCGAAUUGCUGAGAUGAAAAAAUCCCAUUCAGCAAAUGAUAGUGAGGAGUUCUUCAGAGAUGAUGAUGGAGGAGAUCUGCACAAUGCGACAAAUCUGAGGUCGCGGUCCUUGUCUGGAACAGGACGGUCUCUGGUGGGCUCGUGGCUGAAGCUGAACAGAACAGAUGAAAACUUUCUACUCUAUGCACACUUAACUUACGUCACUUUGCCAUUGCAUCGAAUUUUAACAGAUAUCCUGGAAGUGCGGCAGAAACCAAUUCUGAUGACAUAGCAGAGAGCGGGCACUGCCUUGGAGCCUUGUUGCCAAGUGCCUAACCACAGCGGUUUUCUGUGCUAACACUACCAUCUAGUGUCAGGAACAUAAACCUCCGCAGGAAAAAUGGAAGUCCAAGAAUACCAGCCGAUCAAAAGUGCCUCUUUCUUCCUUCCUCUGCUGUCAUACACCGUAUGCACACUUGCAGUACAUCUCUUGAGUGUUUCUGACUGGAAGAGGACUUUCAGCAAGAUAAAACAAGAAGGGGCUGUGUUUAAAACAAGUCAACGCUGUAUGGACAGUUUGAUACUGUGUUUACUUUAUAACUAAGAAACCAACAAUAUGUACAGAAUGUGUUAGACUUUAUAUUCUUUGAGAGAAAAAACCGGGGAAUUUCAUAAUGAUGUAUUAAUGAACGUCGUUCCAUAGACUCUUGCCCGUAUACUCUCCUUGUCAGUUUGGCUUACAUAGUGUGUGAGCGUGUGUGCGUGCAUGUGGGGAUUGAAGGGACGAAAGAAUAAAUUCCUGCUGAGGAAGGAAAAGGAAAAACAUGCUACAAAGAUACAUCACUGUUUUGGUAUGUGCAGUGGGUCAGGUCAGAGCUUAAAAGGCUGAAAAUGUUCCCAUUUGUUUGUGUGUCGGUGUUGGGAUAGGUGAACUCUGCUGACAGAUAUCUGUAUAUACCAAAGAACAGCAACAUUUUCAUCCUCAAGAACUGGCUAAGAAAAUAUGCCGGUGAAAAGAAGGCUAAAAUGUGCUGCUAUAGUAAAGCCGAGGUUCAUUCCCAGAACUAAUGCUGCUUAUCUCUCUGUUAGCCAAGUCAAUAGUUUGAGUCUAAAGUGGAAAAACAGGAGGCUGUAAUCAGUCUCCAAAACCUAAAAACCUUACUAAUAACUAAUAUCCUCCUGCAUGCACAGCACUUCAGAGUAUGUGGAGUUGUCUUUGUGGUAGUGUUUAUAGACAAGGAGGACAUUAGAGCUGAUUAAGGAUCAGGCAGCCUACCUGGAUUUUUCAUCUCCUGGUAGUGUUUUGCUGUACUAUUACAUGCUGAAGCACGGAGAGUUUUCUUGGAAGACAAAAGAUUGAAAUGUAAUUCUGCUCUGAAAAGUGACUAAAAAUAGCAUGUGGGAGGUCUGAAAACUGUAUGUCAGGAGUUCUCAGGAAAAAAAAGCCUUAUGUUUACAGAUAAAAUGCAGCUUUCUCUAAAUAGCAAAGCCCUGUGGUCCUUGACAUUUGAAAGCUAAAUGAUAGAAUACUGAGACUACUGCAGUCUGGGUCACUCUUUUGAUACAGGAGCUGGUCAAUACUUCAGUUUAUUUAUGACUGCAUAACUGGCACAGCAAAGGGUAGAGUGCCAUGUCAUUUAGAGCAUGGGAGACUCCAACACACAUGUAGAGAAGGUGAAGAAUGCCAUUUUUGUCACUUUUCAGACUCUGAGCACUUCAGUGCUGUUGACACAGUUACCGAAUGGCAUGUGCUCUGAGCCUGGACCUUUGUCUCACUCAUACUCAACCUUACCCAGAAUGCUUUGUUGUUAUUGUCUCAAUAGCAUCUGAUGACUUAACCUCUCAAACAGGACUUUCUGCUUUUUUUCUUCAGGCCAGGUUCCAUAGGUCCACUUCAGCAUAAAGGUAGAAUAACUGUAUCAUUCAGCCCAAUGUGGUGAAUCCAGCAUGGUAAGGUCUUUUUUUUUUUGUAUUUGAGGCUAGGCUGUCACCUUAGCACAGAGUGAUGGCAUUUGCAACACUGGCAGCAUGAAUGCAUGACAAGGACAACUGACUAGUUUUUAGUUUGCUUCCAGUGUGUUGCAACAGCGUUAGAAAAAAGUUCACUUUGUCAUUACCAGCACAGCCACACUUUUCACAGUGCAGCCUUUGAACUUUGCUCUAUGGGACUGUGCACUUGUGCAUGCGUGUUUGUGUGAGGGUGUUCAUGUGGUCUGACCAGAGGCGUGUAACUUUUGUGCCCAGAUUUCUAUCCUGAGCUACAGGAGAGAUGGAGUCCUAAUCAUCAGCUGAAGUGCUCUCUCUCAAGAAACUUGAUAGGCAGCUCAGGUGCUUACCUGAGAUUGCUAAGUUGUGUGCCUGGUGGCAGUUGGUACAAGUAUUUUCCCUAUGUCCAUGCCAAGACAUAAACUGCUCUUCAGCUAGAAGGCUGGUCCUGCUCUGAAGCCUCUUAAGAUGCUCCUUAUUCUGCACUUUCAUACUGCCAAGCGGAGCAAAUCAGUGCUCAGUUUCCUUUAAAUAUUCAUUGGGGAGGGAAGGGAAAGAGGAUUAAUAUUCAUACUGCUAGUGACAGUUGAUGCCUUUCGGUCAAACAGCCAGAGGAAUAACACGUGAAAAGGAAAUGUAUGUAGAUUGGAACCCAAAUGGUAGGUGCCUAAAUACUGCUCAGUCAAGAUUAAUUUGUAAUGCUUUCUGAUAUUGUGUAUUACGUUUAGGUAGUUUAAUUUCAUGUGAUCUGAAAGACUGAGCAAAUCAUACUGUGUAAGAUUUCAGAGCAAAUUAAGAAUGAUUCUGAACAAAUACAGUAGUAUAAAGGCAACAUUACAGGAAGUAUAUUUCACAACCCACAUCUGUUAUGCAGGAAGUAUUAUCUGCUUUCUUACCUGUGCUUGGAUGGAUUCUGUUGUCUUGCUUUUGAAGGGCUGCAAUGUAAAUGUCCUGAAUAUGUCAGUUGAUUUGUUGUAUCCUGCUAGCAGAUAUGCCAUAGGAACAUUAAGAACUUAACCUUUUUUAGUAUCAAAGGGCUACAGGUAUGCCCAGUUGGACAUCCAUGGAAAGCAGAGGUCAAAAAAUCUACUGAAUGUCAAUAGUGCUUUUCUGAAACAUGUAUAUGUGCCAGAUUCUCAGCUAUUCCUUCUCUAAACAACUGACUUGGACUACUUAAGCCUCUGGUUCCCACUCUGUGUUAUCAAGUGGGGAAAACAAAUUCCAGUUUUUGUUAUGCUUUUAAACAAACCUUUAAAAUUAUCAUCUGUAACCUUAUAUAGACAAAUUGACAGCAAAGAUGAUGUAAGUUCUACUUGGGUCAAGAUGGCAUAGCUGGGCCCUUAGCAUAUUAUUGCACUAUACCAAAAAAGAAAAGGGAAUGUUAACAGGAACCUCUCACCUUUUCAGUUUGGAGGGGUUUUUAUUUCUGUAACACCUAAGCAGUAAACCACUCUGAGCCUCUGUUGGCUGGUCAUGUAAUUACUGAGGAAUUAACUGGCGUGUUCUGUAUGCCAUAAAGGCUGAUAUGGCUGUCGAUGUCUUAACUGUUGGAGCACAGUGGUUUUCAUUAGUUAUGUUGAUGCUUGAGAAAACGGCACGGUUAACAAAUUUUGGAAGCUUGGCAGAACAGCUUUAUUUAUUUACAGAGUCUCACCGUACCUUAUUACUCAAUUAACUUCUAUCCUUCUGCCAUUCACCUUCUCUGGAGAUCGAGGCUUACCACUUCAACUGUCUUUAGAUAAUGUUUAUUAAUGGUUGUCAAAUGCAAGGGUGUAAAUGUUUUUGCCCUUAACAAGGUUUUCACUGCUGUCAGUUUUAACAAGGAAAAAGCCGUUUUUUAAAGAAAGCUCUUAAAUCAGUUAUUUUGUGUUAGCUAUUGCUCUGCCUUAGAGACCACUGCAUAUGUGAAAUAGCAUUUUCUUAUUGCCAGCCAGCACAGGAGGGGGUUUCAAGUCUCCUUGUAAAGUAAGCCAUUUUUAGAAACGCCACAAAUCUUUCAGCUGUCUUAGCCAAUCCACUUUUUGUGGAUUCACGUUUCUUCUCUUUUUAUUCUCCUGGUCUGCAUUGUUUACAAGGCUUUAGCAUGUUGGGGUAUGGAUUUCUGUUACUUUUCCAUUUCUAGGCACAGUGUGCUUUCCUGGAAAAAGAGUUGCUUACACAAGUGACUUUUCAGAGUGAAAAGCUUUUCCCAAAAUAUAUUCUAGCACCAAGUGUUAAUUUAAACAGUGAAGUCCUUGGCUCUGCAGAUUUCUUCCAGCAGACCCUAAUGUACAGAAUCCCAUUUGGUUACUGAGAUUCUGUGUGGAUGUGAAGUUCACAUAAAUAGUCUACAGUUUUAGACUAUUGGCUUGCUUCUUACCAGUCAUCAUUUUUUCCCCCUUUCCAGAUGAUUACUUGUCCUGUAUUUGUAGUCUAAAGCUUCCCCUUAUUAAAGAUAGAUAUAAGAUAAAAUGUUCAGAAGUGCCUAAGCCCUGUUGUUAUCCAGUGGGGUUUAAGAAGAAAUUUUUAUUUAGGAAAUUAUUAAAGUAGUCUUGAAUUCUGUCUGUGUUGUGUGUAGCAGCAUCAAGAAAUGACAGGUUUAUAGUUCUCAAAAGAACUGGCCAUCUCUUACAGACUCGCCCUUCGUGUUUGAAAGACUCUAGUGGUCAUCAAAGGUUGUGGCUGAAAGCUCUGGAAAAUGGAUUUCUUGUGAUCACAGCAGUCAGAUAUCUGCGAAUGCCUUAUCUUGUUUUGUGAGGUAUGCCUGGAAGUGUGUGGCACUGGUGUGUAGAAAUUCUGUGUCAAAAAUAGGUGCAGUAGAAUCCAGUUAAAGGCAUAGUGAAAUAAGUAGCUUUUACACCAAACCUUAAACGAAAGAGUAUUUUACACCAGAAUGUAGUUGUUUGGAUGCUUGGACAAGCUAUUACAAGGCUGCAAGCAGGUUACAAUGUUGAACGUUCUCUGUGUAAAUAUAUAAAUAUUCUCAGCCUAAUUUUACCACACAUGUUGCAUGGUUUGGGGUUUUUUUGCCUCAUUUGAUCAUCAGUGUUGAUUAAAAGGUGGUGGGUUGAAAACUCAUGCUGGCGCUAUACUGAGCCCUUUGAACAAAGAACCUUUGUGCACCAAAAAUAGGGUUGACUUUGCGUAUGGCAGCAUUGCAGAAAGUAUCGGACCCUGCAGCCAAUAAACAGACCUCUGAAACGAC